UCAUGUGACGACCUGAAGUCCUGUUGGGAGACAGAGAGGAGGAGAAAGAGGAGGUCUCACUCUGUGUGGCCUCAGGAGAACUUUGAGUAUUUUCCAACAUUUCGUUUUAUAAUUUUGGCUUAAAAAAAUCUUUAUCUUAUCUUUAUCUCUUUAUAUCAGUUUGUUAAUCAUUUGAAUAAUAAUAAGAUAACAUAUAAUUAAGAAAACUUAAAUCGUUUUAUUUAAUAGAAUUUCUACUUUGAUGCGUUGACAAUUUCUGAAAACACGUUUUACUUUCCAAGCAGUAGUUUUACUUGCAAUAUUUGUUUAGCUACUUUUACUUGUACUUCUCAUCAGUGUGGUAUUACUACUUUUACUGAAUUAAGUCAUAUUUACUCCUUCCACUUUAUUCUGUCCGUUCCUCCCGUUCAAUAAAGUUUUGUUUUGAGCAAAGACAACCAAUCAGAGCCGUCACUGCGGCGUCACAUGCUGCUUUACUUCCGUGUUGUUAGCGAAUCACUGGCGGCAACUGUAAGCUAACCGAGAGCUAACAGAAGGAAUACCGGCCGCUGAACUACGUUUAAGGCGCCGCAGGGACCGCAGCCGUCGCUGGCUUCUUGUUAGCCAUCUCGCGGUAAUUACACCGCCUCAGAAAAGUGAACCGGGUUCGGGUUUGAAUUUCAGUUCCACUUCAGUGCCGAUGUUAGCAUGCAUGCUAGCGAGGACACGGCUAGCAUGAUCCCGGAAGACGUUCGACAUUUGAACCAGGAGGACGAGGAGGCGCUGGAGCUAGCGUUAGCUGACAUGACGGUGGAAGACCUGCUGCAGCAGGUUCAGUCCGUGCAGACGGAGGGCUCGACCUCGGAGGUGGGGGUCAACACGGAGGCGGGCUGGGAGGGCCGGGUGGCGGCCAUGUUGGCGUCCGGCGCGGGCCUCGCCGUGCAGUACGACGCUCUGAUGAAGAAGCAGGACGAGGAGGAGCAGGAGCAGGAGGAACACACGCAGCAGAUGCAGAAGAAGAAGGAGGAGGCCAUGCAGCAGCACCAGGCUCUUCUGGACAAAGUGGAGUCUCUGCGAGUCAAACUGCAGCUGAACAACUCAAAGGCCACCAGGAAGAACUUCCUGGCUAAGAAACAGGAAAUGACCUCGGAGAAGAACCGAGCGGAGGAGGAGACAAACAGGCUCACCAAGGAGCUGGAGGAAAGCGACCGGAAGCUGGCGGCCCUCACGGAGGAGCAGAGUGACGAGCAGCGGAGGUGGCAGGCGGAGUUGGAGGAGCUGAGGCUGGAGAUGGAGCGGGUGAAGAAGGAGGCGCAGGAGGUGGAGCUGCGAGCCUUAAAGGACGAGAUUGUCGCCGUGGAGAAGCAGAGAGACGUCGCCAUGACUCGCAUCGAGGCCUGGUUCAGAGAGGUGGGUCAGUACCUGAACGCCCUGCGGGUGGAGUCGCCUCAGGACUUCCAUCACGAGCGGCUGCAGUGGGAGAAGAAGGAAGGUCUGGUCCGGAGGAACCGGGCCGAGCUCCAGAGUCGCUUCCAGGAGGUCCUGCGGCAGCUGCAGGAGGGCCGGGGGUUAGAGUCCCUCCCCAGGAUCAACGUGCCGUCUCUGCCACAGGUCCCCACGGCCGACCUGAGGUUCAAUCAGGUGAUCCGAUCGCAGAUGCCCCCCCCUCCCCCCAUCCCGAUGAACCGCCCCUUCGCCCCCCAGAGACACCCGCCUCCGUUUCAUCCCCCUUACCAUCCCCAGUACCGCCACCGCUACCUGCACCACCUGCCCCCCCGUCACCACUUCCCACCCCAUCACCUGCCCCCUCCCCCCCCUCAGUUCCAGCUCCACAUGAGGGCGACGCCCCCUCCCAGCCUCUCGCCGUCGCCUCCCAUGCCGCCCGUCCACCCAGCGGCUCCUUCCACGCCUCCUCCGCCCGCCGCCGCCGUCAAACUGGACAUUCUCCUGGAGCGGCUGGGGGCUCGUUUCCCACAAUGCAACAGGGCCCAGCUGAUGUCGCUGCUGCAGCAGGUGAAGAGCUCCCGCGGCACGCUGGCCGGCAUGUCCACGGAGGAGGUGAUCGAGCAGGUGGGCUUCAAGCUGGCGCAGGGCGAGAGGUCGGCGCCGGGGCCAGCCAGCCGCCACGUGCCCCCCGGCCCCAUCCAGAGGCCUGCGGCGCCGGGGGGGGCGGCGGCCAGCGGAGGCCUGGCGGUCGGAACCCGUAAACUCUGCCUGAUGUGCCAGAACCACGUGGAUCCGGAGAGCCGGCACCCGCUGAGCUGCUCCCACGCCAUCCACAGGGACUGCAUCCGGGUCUGGCUGCAGUCCAGCAAGAACAACUCGUGCCCCUUCUGCCCGGGGAAGUGACCCCAAGGGGGGGGUGACCCCCGAGUGGCAGAGGUCAACACCUGCGUUGAUGGCGUUGUGCUUCUGUAUCUCAGUUUAAUUUGUUGUCACGACGAUGAAAUCUAUUUUUAUUAACAAAUCCAGAAGUUGGACAAAGUGUGCUUUGGAUGAAAGAAUUAAUAAAGUCAACUUUAAAGGCUCAAAUACUUGAGUACAAGUUGGAGGUAUUUUUAGUUCACUUUAUUUCAUCCCCUACUUCAUAGUCCAUUAGACACCUGUCAAUCAGCAUGUAGCCCCGCCCUAAAACAUCCCAUUUGUAUUAUUAUUAUUAUAUUGAUAGAAAUGGGGCAUUUUAAAGAUGUUGAUGGACCAGAGACAUGUAGAGACCACAUAUAUACCCCCCCGCCCCCCAAGCGAUCGCUCCCAACCCAAAGUGGGGCCUGGGGACCCUCGAGGGGCCGUACCAGAGGCUCUCGGGGGGCCCUCAGCAGAAGCAGUCUUUUCUUCUCAGUGUAGGAAAAUAAAUUCAACCUUUUUAUUUUCUAAUAUUUCUCUAUAUAUAGUGGACAUCUGGGUUCAAAUGGUUUCAUGUUCUUCUGAUCGUCUCAAUGUGACGACGUAAAAUCAUCUGACGCCAUCACAACAAGCCUCGACAUUUACUCCGUCCUCCAGAGUUGGACACAUCUUCCACCAUUAUCUUUUAUCCUCAUUGAAAUAGCAACAUUAUUUGAUAUCUUGGUU